CUGCGAGCCAGCAAGCUUCAAAUCCUGAAAAGGCCUCUCCUUAAAGCUAUGGAAGAAUACUUCUCGGCUGUGAGCAAGAUGGAGCAGACAGUGAUGUUCCCCAGCCUCCUCCGAGGGAUUUCCUUGGAUAAGCUGGACGACCCCACCGAGGCCGAUUCCGGCAGUAAAGACCUAUAUGAAUAUUUCAUGCAGCUGAAAUCCAUCAAGGGGAUGGUAGAAGGUGGUUUGGCGCCUCUCGAGGGGAGGGACCCUAGCAUUGCGGUCCGGCUGAGGGAACAGGAAGACCGAGAGAAAGCCGACCUGGAGGGGUUCUUCUAUUAUCACGUCUCCAACUUGUACCGCAUCCUCAACCAGCUGACCAGGAGAGCCGACGCCGUGACCACAAAGUACAACGAAAUAAUGUGCCAGAUUAACCGGAACUGAAGUAUGCUCAGCUGGUGAGAUGAAUGCUGUGAGGAAUCAGGGUCAGUUAAAUCUUUCCCAUCUGGAGGCCGAGGGGAACCAACUUCCGGUACGCACUAAACCCAACCCUCCGGAGGACUGCCGACCUGCCUGUUUUCAAUAGCAAGAAGUCUUGACUUUUGCGACCACGGAUCAAGAUUACAAAGGGGAAAAAAAUACUGUGAUAUUUUAAGUGUAAUUUAUUAUUUAUGUCUCUUGUCUGAAACGGUCUGCAUUUGCUUUGCCAAUGGCAUUGCAGACAUUGUCUAAUGUUUGCAAAACAUUGUUUUUAUUGUAUUUAAUUUUAUUUUGAGUACGGGGCUGUCUGUCAAUAAAAUGUCACGAGCAAACGUA